AUGGAUGUCCCCGGCAAGCGGCAAGCUGCCAUUGCCCGCGCCGUCUCCCGAGCCCUGGCUGCGUCGGAGGAGAGCAAGCAGCGCGAAACCCUCGUCGAGACGGUACACCACUUCUUGUCCAUCCUCGAGCUCCGCCUGGCCCGGUUUCGGCCCGCAGACUUUCUCGCUUUGCGCCACAACCACUGGCACAUCGACGAGGGCGAGUACCGCAGAUCGUUCCAGACACCCACCACCACCACCACCACCACCACCACCACCGCCAAGCCGGGAGAAGCCAGCCCCCCCCGGCAGGGAAGCCUGGGCCUUGUCGCCGCCGGCAACCUCGGCUACAGCGGCUCGACCUUCCUCCGCACCGCCGACGGCAACUACAUGGUCAAGUCGGUCGACCGCCGCUUCGAAAGCCAGUUCCUGCUGCGCGAGCUGUUUGCGCCGUACGUGGCGCACGCCGCGAGCCACGAGGGGAGCCUGCUCAUCCGCAUCACCGACAUCCUCUACGCCCCGCGCGCCUCCCUGGGAAGCCUCCUCGGCGUCCAGCCGCGGCACUACAUGGUCAUGGAGAACCUCCUCCGCGGCCGCCCCGACGUGCAGUGGCAGACGUUUGACCUCAAGCCCACCGACUACUUCUUCCCGGAGCGCGACCUGGUGCACCAGAGGCUGGUGCCGAGCGACGUCGUCGACCGCCUGGCAGACGAGCCCCCCCGCGGAGUGGACGUGUCGUCGCGGGCGGCGCUGGAGCUGACGGACCUUGUUGCCGAGGACACGGCUUUCCUGGCACACCACAACGCGGUCGACUACUCGCUCUUGUUUGCGCGGUCCCGGGCGCGCGGCCGGGCCGUGAGGGAGCCGCCGUCGUGGAGGACGGGGGUGCUGUCCUCGGACGGGAAUUGGGUGUACCGCGCCGUCCUGCUGGACUUUCUGUGGGCUCGACACAAGCUGCGCGCCAAGACCAUGGCUGGUCUGGUCGGCGUCUUCAACCUGUUGUUUGACAAGGGCCCCAUGACUAUUACCACGGAGCCGUUUGAGUAUCGGCGCCGAUUCAUGAGCAUGGUCACGGACCUGCUUUCCAAGGAUGAUUACGUAGCAGACGCAAAUUCACCAGUCAAGACGGGCGCUGUAGCAAAAGGGCCCAAACGGUCAUCAGCGCACAACCCACCGACCCUCCCCCCGGUCAAAGUCUAG